AAGUUGGCUUUGGCAAGCGCGAGGAGAAAAGCGACAAGCUGACGAUGACCGAGAACAACAAAGACGGAAUGCACCGUUAUAUAGUGGCGGUAUCGUCCAUGGCAGUCCAGCUGAAGCCUUAUUCGAUAGACCGACUAUUCACGAAGUCCGAGAUACUACUUCGCAACGAUGGUGACAAUCACGCGCCUGGCCUUGGUCAGCGUGAGCUUCAUUGCCAGCUUGGUGCGGGCGGACUCUCUGGCAAGCAUUGAUCAUGUCGUCCUCUUCAUGCAAGAGAACAGAGCUUUCGAUCAUUAUUUUGGAUCAAUGGCUGGCGUCAGAGGUUUCUCCGAUCCGAACGUCCAGAUUAACCCCAAUGGCAAGUCCGUGUGGUAUCAGUGAGUUGCCACCAAGUCUUCCGUGCAUGAUCAUCAAUUCACACCCUGCCAGACUCGUCAGUUCGUCCUAUUGCGAGGCCCAAUAUGCGGUGCAGCGCCCACCGGUUCCUUACGCCAACCAGACCGAAGAGAAGUCUCUCGUUAGUGAGAAGGGAUUCAAAUCAGUCAGAGGCUACCUCACUGAGGGCCGCUUCUUGACCUUUGAAGCGUCGGGUUACGCUUUGACCAACCUCGGUGCUAAGUGUGCAACGUACAAUGCCACGAAAGCUGUUGCAUCCCACGAUGGCACUGGUCAGCGCUGGGUCAUUCACGAGACGGCGACCGAUAGCAGGCUGUACACCAUCAGCACCGCGGUCGAUGGCAGAUAUAUCGGCCCGCACUUGAGCUUGGUCAGCCAGAAAGAUGCCCUCGUGCAUAGCAUCACCUACCUUGGUGGUGGUAAAGGCUACGAAGUGCUCAAUGCCAACGGCAAGUACAUCACCAUUGACACCAAUGGAACUGUUGUAAUGGCUACGUCUGGACAAGGUUUCACGAUAUACAGUGUCACCUAGGGGGUAGCCCGAUCACAAUACCACUAGUCUCACAUGGCUUACCUAAGUCGAUCAAUGGGUCACAAAAGUUCGUUCAAUAUCAGAGUCAUCGUGCUCACAAA